AGCUGGCGUUGGUAGAGCUGCUGAGCCACAGGUGUUUGGUGCCUCCGAGCCUUCCCUCCACCACCGCCACCACCACCACCAGGGCCGUUAACUAAGCACCAGAAAGCACCAUGUUGGGGGAAAAGGCGCUGGAGCUGGUCAAGGAGAUGGACAGGGCGAGGGACGGAAGGAUACCCGUCUACAAUCAUAAUCAUGUCCGGGAUGUCCUGGAGGAGAUGUCUGCACUCUUUCAGAAGAAUCAAGAGGAUGUCCAUGCAACGGUGAGUGGUGAGAAUCGGUACUUCCCAGGCAUACACCUUCGCCAUGCAGCCUUAGAGAGGAACAAGAGGUGCUUGUUGGCUUACCUAUACAACAGACUGGAAAGGAUCAAGGAGAUACGAUGGGACUGUGGAAGUAUUUUGCCAGCUGAGGUUCGGGAAAAUCUUUGUCACUCAGAGAUGGAGUGGUUUGCUCGCUACAACAAGAACCUGGGCUCCUACAUGAGGUCACUUGGAGAUGGUGUUGGCCUUGACCUCACAGUGGACAUCAGGCCACCCAAAAAUAUUUAUGUUGAGGUGCGCUGCCUCAAGGACCACGGGGAGUAUGAAAUGGAGGAAGGGGAUGUGGUGGUGCUGAAGAAGAACACAACCCACUACUUACCCAUGAAGAGCUGCCAACACCUCAUCCGAGAUGGCAUUCUUCAACAGUUGGAGUGACUAGUGGAAUUCAGAGGGGCAGAUUAAGUUAUGGGGGAUACAUUUACAGAAGAAAUUUUGGUGUAAGAUGCAUUACCAGACUAUGAUUUAGUUAAUAGUUUCGUAUACAAAUAAAUGUAUAUUUUUA